AUGGCCAAUUCCCUGCUUACCGACCGAGACGCAUCACCAGUCGCUAAAUGCGAAGACCCUACUAUUAUUCGUAGCUGGUUUCGGCUUGUGCAGAAUACAAUUGCGAAAUACGGUAUCCGAUCAGAUGAUAUAUGGAAUUUUGAUGAGACCGGUUUUAUGAUGGGCAUUAUACAGUCUGGAAUGGUCGCUACAGGCUCUGAAAGGGAAGGAAGGCCAAAAUCAGUACAGCCUGGAAACCGUGAAUGGAUUACUGCAAUCCAAGCGAUUAAUGCAGAAGGUCAACUGAUCCUGCCGUUUCUUAUUGGUACCGGCCAAUAUCACCUUGCCAAUUGGUAUCGAGAAUGCGAUCUUCCCGGCGAUUGGGUUAUUGCAACGAGCCAAAAUGGAUAG